CUCUUUUCUCUCUCUCUCAAUAUGAAACUUGUAACAAAAACUAGGUCUUAAAAGCUCUCCUGCCGUCAAAACACUUAGGCAGUAUAUAAUCUACUAGGUUAAAAACUCGUCAGGGCAUUUUGGUAAUUUGGCUUGGCCUUGGGUUUUAAGUCUGCUGAAUCCAAAUGUCGCGUGUCUGAUGUCUCGACAUCGAUCGAUGGUACUUGUGUACAUCGACCGAUAUUAAUCUUCAUCUAUCGAGGCAUCUCUUGGUAUUGACCGACAGCACUGAUGCGCAUCGAUCGAUUGUUCAUCCUCUCGUCGACCUCUACGUGGUCAGCUCGGCUGAAAUGUCCUUUAAGCUCCAAAAUGCUCCAAAGUCAUAGCUUUACUCCGAAAUGCACCUGAACCUGAAAACAUACCUAGAAGAGUAGAAAACAUAGAUAUAUAUAUAUAGUAAAAUACCUAUAUACCAUGGAUGAAAAUGGGUCAAAUCCAAGGUAUAUCCGUGGGAGUGGUUUUCGUAUGAUCCAUUAGUUCAAUCUGGCACUAUUGGCAAAACAAUUAUGGAGGCUAGUUCAAUUUCCUGACUCUUUGGUUGCCCGGGUCUUGAGGGGAAGAUACUAUAGAUUGAGUUCACCACUCAGAGUAAACUCAGCUAGAAGCCCAUCGUAUGUGUGGACUAGCAUUUUUGCUGCAAGGAAGUUAUUAUUGGGAAUCAGACAUAAGAUACAUUCAGGUUAUGAAGUCAAGGUGUGGGGGGAUCCGUGAAUUCCAACGACUCAUGCGAGAUUAGCUAUCCAUGUAGCGCCAGUUAUGCAUCAUAAUCUGAGAGUUAGCGACCUCAUUAAUAUGGUAUUGAAGGAUUUGGAUGUUGGUCUAUUGGAGAACUAUGUCAAUAUUGAUAAUCUGGUAUAUUUGGAAGACUAGGAAUGACAAACUUUUCAGGGGGAUACACAGAGAUCCUUUGGAGCUAGUUCGACAUGCAGAAAGUGAAUGUCAAACCUGGUUUGAUGCGAACGAAGUGGUACAACCUGUGGUACAAGAUAACAAUAUUGAGGAACCCCAAGUCAUAAGCUUGGGUACUAUUUUGCUUGUUAGAUGGAUCUUGGACAUCCUCUGCUCACUUUAGUGGAUGUGGAUGGUCUGGAUGGAUAGUGGUGGGAACAUUCAACUUAUAGGGACAAGAAAUUUCACUCGACGCGAAUCAGCCUUGCAUUAAGAAGUAAAAGCACUGCAAUGGGCAAUGGAGAGCAUGCUUAAACAUUCAACAUGCCAGAGAUUUGGGACAGACUGUAAAGAGCUGAUUGCAAUGAUAAAGGAGCCUCAUGCCUGGCCAAGUUUUGCGACCGAAUUGGAAAGAAUAGAGACGCUACAGAUAUGGUUCCAAGAUUUCAACAUCAUUUAUGUUCCACGAGCACGCAAUCAGAUUUUAGAAUUUUUAGCUAAAACUACUAGAUCCUUCCAUAGAGAGUUACAUUUUAUUGAUUGUUCUAUUCUGGUGUAGUUACCUAGACCACCAAAAGUUUAAGUAAUAAAAUAGUCUUUUGACGUACAAUAAAAACAUACAUAAAUUAUAGGGAAUUUGCAUCCUAUAACCAUAAAAAAAACCCACUAUCUAACUAAAAACACUUUCUUUCUUCUUAUUUCUCUUCCUAUCUCUCUCUAACCUCUUACUAAAAAUCUAAUUAUUAUUAUUUUUUGGUUAUUUGGCAAAUAGACCCUAAAUUAUAUGCAUACCAAUUGCAAAUAUUUGGAGGAUAAAAUACUUAUUUUACCAAAGUUUGGAGGGUUUACAGAAUGCAAGGCAAGAAGAGCUGAGUAAGCCACCUGAUUAAACGAGGUACAAGGGAGAAAGAUAUGGAGGCAUCUCCCCGGUUGCCCCUAAACGUGACUUGCAAAAUCUCCUAUGGGCUCUAUCGCCCCUCAUUCAUUAAUGAGACGUGAAAUGUCGUAAUCAUCCUUCAGUGGGUGAAAUAAAAAAAAUAGAAAAAUCAAAAAUUGAGGGAAUCGGGUUGAGAGGGUUCUGGUCCGGGACAAAUUGGUUUGGGUUAUGGCGGGUUUAUAGAUUGGGCGGUUUGGUUAUAUGAUUCUGAUUCAAUGUCAAUUAAAAAGAUAAAAAUAAAAAUAAAACAAAAUAUAUGAAAUUAAAGCGAGAAAUAAAUUAUCCAUUCCCCCAUUCGUCGUCCUCCCCAAAAAGCUCGAUCGAUUCCAGCUCGUCCAAUUCAAUUCGCAGCUCCCGAGAAAUCUCGCAGCUCCCGAGAAAUCUCGCAGCUCCCCAGAAAGCUCGAUCGUUGGAUUCUCCGGCGAAUCCAGGUUAGUUGUUCUCCUCUCCAAGCUGCAUUGGAUAAAAAAUGUUUUUAGGGUGUGUAAUUGGAAAUGUGAAUUAAUUAAAGCAUAUGGUUGGUUGAUUGAUUUGAGUUGCCUCUAUGGAAUUGAGUUGAGUUGAGGUUCUUGAGCUUAUAGUACCUGAAACCUCAAUUUGAUAUGUAGUUGAAGCAUAACUUGGUAAAACUAGCAGAACUGAUAAUUGAAGUAUAAUACGUAUAACUGUAGAUAAUUAGAUAACACUAGUAUAACUGUCACUUGAAUUUGUUGUUUUUGCAGGAUACAAUGACGAAACACGUGAGCAUACAUUUCAAAUUCAAAGAUCGAGUCUAUAGUGUAACCAUGAAGACAACAGUGGAUGAUAUAACUUUGGCAAUGCUAGAAGAAAGGUUGUAUAAAAAGCUGUCGUUGAAUGAAAGGAAUGUAAAACUGGUGCUGAGGUGCAUGCCGAUGGUGGUUGGAUGUGAGGCAGAGCUAACUAUUUGUGAUGAUGAGGAUUUGUUUGUUUACCUAAUAACAAUUGAUAAAGACAACCGUAGAAGUCUUUUGUUAGUGGAGGAGACGAGUGUAUCGGAUCAGUUAGAGGUGGUGUCAAGAGUGUGCAAAAGUUCUGUUGGUAUGAAUUACCAAGCGUUGCAGGGAAAUGAUGAUGAAGUCGGACCUAAAGCCAUGAUUCUGUACGUAGAAAACGGGGAGGCAGAUCAACAGAAGAAGCAGAUAGAGGUAGAGAAUGAUGUCGAAAGAAGACAUGAUGAUUUUAUGGAUACAGACGCUGAGACAGAAACCGCAGCUGAGACGGAAACUGCAGCUGAGACAGAAACCGCAGCUGAGACGGAAACUGCAGCUGAGACGGAAACUGCAGCUGAGACUGAAACUGCAGCUGAGACAGAAACCGCUGCUGAGAAGGACACCACAGCUAAUAUGGAUGGCAGUGGUAAUAUGUAUGUUGAGAAGAUACCUUUAGUAAAAUGUAGUCAAGUUAUAGAGGAAUGGGGAGAUGCUAUGGGUCUGUACCUUCUGCAGGAAUUUCCAAACAAGAGAUCACUUCAAGAGGUGGUGGAUAGAGCUGCAUUUGGUUGCAGCUUCCGUUAUGUUAUUAAAAAAUCUGAUCGUAAACGGUUGGUGUUAAAAUGUUGUGAUGCAAACUGUAAAUGGGGAUUGCGAGCUGCGAGGAUUCGAGAGACGGAAAUUUUUUCUAUUAGGAGGUACUAGGGUGUGCAUACAUGCUCUCGGACUAAUCAAAGUAAUAGCUGCAACAGCAAUAGGAAAGGAUCUGAAAAAUUAGUUGCAACUUUUUUGAAUGAGGAGUAUCCUGGAAAACUAAUGACUCCUGUUCCGAGAGAUAUCAUAGACUUAAUUAAGUUAAGACUGGGUGUAUCGGUAUCUUACUCCACAGCCUUGAGAGGGAAAAAUCUAGCUAUGCGUGAGUUGCGUGGUAAUUCAGAAGACAGCUACAAGAUGUUGCCUAGCUACUUGUACAUGUUAGAGCAGGCUAAUUUUGGAACAACAACACAGUUGAAGUUGGAUGAAGCAGGUAAGUUCAAGUACAUUUUCCUAGCUUUAGGAGCUUGCAUUGAAGGGUUUAAGGCCAUGAGGAAAGUGAUUCUUGUGGAUGCUACAUUUUUGAAGAACGGAUAUGGUGGGGUACUAGUAUUUGCUAAAGCUCAAGAUCCUAAUCGUCACCAUUAUUCCCUCGCGUUUGCGGUACUUGACGGAGAGAAUAAUGCUAGUUGGACUUGGUUUUUCGAGAUGCUCAAAACUGUUAUACCGGACUCUUCUGAAAUAGUUUUUAUGAGCGAUAGAAAUCAGAGCCUCAUCACUGCUGUAGCUAAUGUGUAUCCACAAUCUCACUAUGGCCAUUGUAUAUGGCAUCUAGCUAAGAAUGUGAGAAACCAUGCUUGCAACACCAUCAAAGCCGUAGUGGCAUGUAGAUUUAUGGAGUUGGCUAGGUAUUACACAGUGCCUGAGUUCGAGGCUGCAUAUGCAUCUUUUAAGGUGAGAUAUCCUUCAGCCUGCAAGUAUUUGGAGGAGAACACUAACAGAGCAACAUGGGCUAGGGUCUACUUUCCAGGUUGUAGAUACAACUUGGACACUAGCAACAGUGUGGAGUCGAUGAAUAGCGCGUUUAGGGACGUAAGGAGGUAUGCCUUGAUACCAUUGUUGGAUACAAUCAUCAAAAAAAAUAUCUGACUGGUUUAAUGAACAUCGGAAGGACGCCGUGUCUGGAUCAAUUGAUACCAAACUGGUUCCUCUGGUUGAGAUCCAUUUGCACAACUUAUGGGCCAAAGCUGAGAAAACGCCAGUGCAUGAGCUGAAUAGUUAUGAUCUUGAGUACGAGGUUACCGACACUGACAAUGGGAAGGUUUAUUUGGUGAAUUUGAUAGCGAAGUCGUGUAGCUGCAAGGUAUUUGAUUAUGAAAAGUAUCAUUGUCUUCACGGACUUGCUGCUUACUUAUAUUUCCUUGAGGUUCCUGCUGCUAAUGGUCGUCGACGUGAGGUCAACAUAAAGUAUCAUCAGUUGUGCUCAAAGUAUUACUGUACAGAACUUUGGGCAAUGGCUUAUUACAGGACCAUUUUUUCUGUGCCGGACAAGUCUGAAUGGAUUGUACCAGAUCACAUCAAAGAGCUCCAGAUCAUACCUCCGAAAAAGCUGACAAGGAAGGGAAGGAAAAAGGUUAAUAGGAAUCCACCAGUUGGAGAACGGCGUAAAAGGACACAAAACGUAAGGCGAGCGAGGAUAAAUUUUGGUUUUAAUUGGUUUUUUUUUGGAAUGCGUUCUAAUCCUCCAAGUGAAACAAACUAAAUCUUGGAAUGUUGCUUUUGCUAUGUUGAUUUUGGUAUGUUGAACUUGGAAUGUUGUUGUUGUUAAUUUUAAUCGGGUUUGGACAACUACUGAGAACCUUGGUAUAACUAAGUAUAAUUUUUCCUGAAUAUACCCGAAUUUGGUCCUUUAUAUAUCCAAUAAAUGAUAUAAAUACUCCAUCUUCCCUCUCUCUCUUCUCUCACUUCUCUCUCUCGAGACUCUUCUACUUACUUUCUGAGGACAAAAUAUCGAAGAUGCAAGGAGAUGGUUCGGGUUCGUCAAGGAAAAGGGAAAAUUCUGCAAAAAAAUUGUGUUUAUGUCGCUUAUAUGCCGAAAUAAGACAAACUUGGACAAACAAGAACCCGGGGCGACGAUUUUAUGGCUGUCCGCGUUAUAAGGUAUCCCAGCUGAUGAUAGAAAUUGUGAUCCAAGAUUGAAAAAUAAAGAAAUUAUUUACAAUGGAAUUUUUGGCAGGAGAAAAAUGGAUGCAACUACUUCAAAUGGUUUGAUGUAGAGGAUGGUACAGAAUGGCAAAAAAAUGGCUUUGAUUGAAGCCCGGGAUGAGAUCCAAGAGAAGAGUAGGGUGAUCGAGCAGUUAAACCAAACCAUUGCAGAACUCACAAUUAAUUUGGAGAGGAUCCAACAAGAAGAGGAAAUUGUUAGAGACUUUCAAAAUCUCUAUGUUUAAUGGUGUGAGAAAGUUUUAUUCUAAGUUUACUUACUUAUGUUUCCCUGUAUUGGAACCUAUGUAUUUUCUAAGUCUGUGCACUGUCGAACUUAUGUUGCAACUAUGGAAAACUACGGAAAACUAGUAAAACAAGGUGUUACUAUGAUCGUAAAUAACAGAUAUUUACUUGACAUCAUCCCCUCUAAUCCAACACAAAUUUGUUAAUGCACAAACACAUUCACUUGACUACUCCCCUAAUUCAUCAACCGAAACUCCUCCUGAAAUUAUAUUAGUAAAAUUAACUAAACUAAUUCAUCGUCAUCACAUUUUCUAUUAUGCAUUGUAUAGUCUUUCCAAGUUAAUUUUCUUAAUAAGAACAGCUUACAAAGGACUAUUCUACAAUUCUCGUGCUUUCGAAAAUAUUCUUCCACUUAUCAAUUAAACUUGCAUGAUAAUGAGGGAAAAUAACAAGUAAAACCUUCUUCACAAAUUUAAAUUAUACGUAAAACUAAAAAAUGUUGAAAUCACAAAAAAAAUUUAUAUAUAAAAUAGGCUUUGUUUCUCUCCAGAGUGUCCACCUCAGCUGCCAGCUAGAAAAUUCGAGCAAGGAGACGGCGCCACGUGUCCAGGUAAGUGAUGUUUUGCGUUUCAUUAACUCUUGGCGUGAUGGGCUUCGAUCUGAUUAAUAACUUCACUAUUGAUGGGCUUUGCUACAUUACUUAAAACUGAUUGAAAUAGUUUGUUAGGCCUAACAUAAUUGGAUCUUUGGGCUUUGUCUGUAGGUUAACACGGUAGUCGUCUUCUUCUCCAAAAAUGUCGACGAGGAACGAAGGGCAGAGCCGCCGCAGUCACAUAUGCAGUUCAGGCUACGGCCAAGGAAGAUUCGUAUAUUACUAUGAACCCCGGUCAAGUUCAGUUGGAUGGCAUUGUAUUUGUCUGUUGGAUUUGAUUUCUUAAACUCUUGAUUGAAUUUUUGAACCGUUAUGGAAGUUUUAUGGAAGACGGUUGGAUUCUUGCAUCCGCAUUGACGAUCACAUUAACACCAAAUUCCCACUACUCACACGAUCUAUCAUUCAAUGAAUCCCCUCAUUGAAUCCUUCGCUUGAAUCCUCCACUAUAAAUUUGUUAGUUUCCUAUCCAAUCUCUCAUCACUUCAUUCUUUCUCAAUCACUUUCUUUCUUACUUUUCCAGUGACUGUGAUAGUAACCUCUGCGCUAUUACUUGCCGAUUGGAGGCCGAUCGUUUUAGCUCCACCAGCGAAGUGCGUCUCCUCAGAUUCUAGGAGGUUCUUCCUCUCUUUUUGAUCAUCUCUCUACAAGCUAUAUGAUUGUCCAUUGUAGUCAGUUUCUUUGAACUUUGAUCUUCAAUUGUGAUAUGACUUGAGCUUUCUGAACGAUCUUUGUGGAUUCCUAUUGUAAUUUUGAUCUCAGCUUAAUUCUGAGAAGAGCCCAUUUCAACGGACAUAUGCUGCUCAGUUAGGGAACGCAUGAAAAUCCAAGGUUCUGUCUAUGCCCACUGUCUGAACAUCUCUACAAGGAAGGUUCAAUGUGCUCGGUGAGUGGGUUUGACGUUACCGAAGCAACCACAACUUCAAGCUCUCUGAUUCUACAACGUCCAUAAGCGUCUCAAAUUGAUCCAAUAAAUAAGGCGACGUUCUGGUUCCAUAAUCGUGACCUAGCUCUGCAAACACCAACACCUACCUCCCUUAUUUAACUCUCAACCAGGUUGUGUUUGACAGGUGACAGAAGAAAACAAUAUAAAACUUGCUUGAAUUGCAUCUUAAAGAGUCACAUCAUUAUGUUAACCAAGCCUCCCUAUCUUCUGCAGGCCGGUUCAAAGCCUUUGGUGUUGCAGCUUCCAGGAAACCAACAUUUACAUUCAGUUUAUACAAUCAAAUCCCUUACUUAGCUACACUAAACUCUGAAGAAGAAAUUUAAUAUGUCCCAAAGAGUUGCUCAUAAGAUUUCUCCUCUUGACGUACAUCUUAUACAUUUUUGAAUGUUUAUUAUUUAGUAAAUGUUUCGUUCAAUUUAUUUUAAAAAUUUUAUUUGCAA